CUUAAAGACAGGGGCGUGCUAAGUUCUUCCUUUUCCGGUCGGGGCUGAGGCGGAGGCGGGUGGGAGCACGGUGUGCUCUGCCGCCGCCACCAGCGCCAGCACCAUGGCUUGUGCUCGACCAUUAAUAUCUGUGUACUCCGAGAAGGGGGAAGCAUCAGGCAAAAAUGUCAGCUUGCCUGCUGUUUUCAAGGCCCCCAUCCGCCCGGACGUGGUGAACUUUGUUCACACCAAUCUGCGCAAGAACAACAGGCAGCCCUAUGCUGUCAGUGAGCUUGCAGGUCACCAGACCAGUGCCGAGUCCUGGGGUACCGGGAGAGCCGUUGCUCGUAUUCCUCGAGUGCGAGGUGGUGGAACUCACCGCUCUGGACAGGGUGCCUUUGGAAACAUGUGUCGUGGAGGCCGCAUGUUUGCCCCAACCAAGACCUGGCGACGUUGGCACCGUCGAGUGAACAUUACUCAGAAGCGUUAUGCCAUCUGCUCUGCCCUGGCAGCAUCUGCCCUUCCAGCGCUGGUCAUGUCUAAAGGUCACCGUAUUGAGGAGAUCCCAGAGCUUCCUCUGGUUGUUGAGGACAAAGUCGAGAGUUACAAGAAAACCAAGGAAGCUGUUCUGCUGCUUAAGAAGCUUAAAGCUUGGAAUGACAUCAAAAAGGUUUAUGCCUCCCAGCGUAUGCGAGCUGGGAAGGGUAAAAUGAGGAAUCGCCGUCGCAUCCAGCGCAGGGGACCUUGCAUCAUCUACAACGAGGACAAUGGUAUAAUUAGAGCAUUCCGGAAUAUCCCAGGAAUUACUCUUCUUGAUGUGAACAAGCUCAAUCUGCUCAGACUUGCUCCUGGGGGCCACGUUGGACGUUUCUGCAUUUGGACAGAAAGUGCCUUCCGCAAGCUGGAUGAUCUGUAUGGCACCUGGCGCAAGGCUGCCACACUCAAGAGUGACUACAACCUGCCUAUGCACAAGAUGACCAACACGGACAUUGGAAGAAUCAUGAGAAGUCAGGAAAUCCAGAAGGCUCUGCGUGCUCCCAAGAAAAAGAUUCACCGCAGAGUCCUGAAGAAGAAUCCACUGAAGAAUCUGAGAAUCAUGAUCAAGUUGAACCCCUAUGCUAAAACCAUGCGGCGCAACACCAUCCUGCGUCACGAAAAGAACCAUAAACUUAGGGAAGAGAGGAGGGCAAAGGCCAAGCUUGGAGACAAGGUCCCAGCGGAGCCCAAGGCAAAGACUGCAGUCAAGACUGCCAAGACGACUGCCAAGACUGCCAAGACUACUCCCAAGACUCCUGCCAAGGCUGAGGCGUAAGCCCUCUGCAGAACUUCAUCCACUUAGUUCAGCAAACUGUACUGUGGGUUUACAGCUAAUAAAUGCUCUUGGAACAGAGAA